AUGGCUGACAUAUUUGACAUGGACGGGUGUGCAUCCCAGUUGCUGAACGCAAUGAAACACUUGACGUUUGAAAAUGAACCUCCAGCUCAUGACAUCGAUAAUUCACUGUCGUUGAAUUACAAAUUGAUAGACGAAACUGCCCCCUUUCUGGUUCAAAAAGAGGAUGUUCUUGACUCGUUCGAGGCAACCGAUACUAUAGACGACGCCUUUUCCACCAGAGCAACCCCGAUACACAUCAAACGUCGUAGUGCUAAUCAAACUCAAAACUUGCCGGUGCCUGGCAGACCACGUCGAAGAUCGUCGAUAGUGUCUUCCUAUGAGGUGAAAAUUCAAGAGGAUUAUGUCUCUACUAGCUUCACAAAUGAUAUUGAUCCAACCAUUGCUAUCAAUAAUGAAAGAAACUCUGCGUACAAGCCGAAAUUAUCCGACUUUGAGCCCAUCAAGGUGUUGGGAAAAGGCAGCUAUGGUAAGGUACUUCUUGUCAGGGACUUGAGGACGGGUCACUUGUUUGCUCAAAAACAACUUUUGAAAGCCUCAAUGAUUAUAAACCGAGAUGAAAAUGACGAAGGAUCCGAGGAUGACGGACCAAAAAUUCACACUAAAAAUUACCAAAGAACUUUGAAUGAAAAGCAAAUUUUGGGAAUAGUUCACCAUCCAAAUAUUGUCAAGCUUUAUUACGCCUUUCAGGACAAUAACAAAUUGUAUCUCAUAUUAGAAUACUUGCAAGGAGGUGAGUUGUUUCACCAUUUGUCAAUGGAGAAGUUUAUGAGUGAGAAAAAUGCUGCAUAUUACUUAGCCCAAUGCAGUUUGGCACUUCACUACUUGCAUACAAAAGUGAAAGUAAUCUACCGUGACUUGAAACCAGAAAAUUGCAUGCUUAAUUCGCAAGGUCAUUUAGUAUUGACUGAUUUUGGUCUCAGCAAAGUUGCAUCAGAUGAAGAUAAGCUAAACUCAAUUACUGGAACAAUUCAAUAUAUGGCUCCAGAAGUCAUCAUGGGAGAAGAGUAUGAUUAUGGCGUUGAUUGGUGGAGCUUAGGCUGUGUAGCCUAUGACCUUUUGACGGGAGCUCCUCCGUUUACAGGGCUGGAUCCUGAUAAGGUGUUGAAAAAAAUUAAAAACUCCAAAAAGACUUUGAAGUUUCCAUUCUAUUUGAGCAACGAUGCAAAGGACUUUUUAAGGAAAAUGCUACAGGUCGAUCCUGAAAAGAGAUUUGAUGUGGAUGGCGAAUGGGAAAAGUACAAGAAGCACAAUUUCUUUAGACACAUUGAUUGGAGUUCAUUGGAGAAAAUCGAUCUUGAUGAUAAUGUUGCAAAUGCUAUAUUGCCUCCAAUAUUACCCAUCAUCACCGAUCCGGUUCUUGCGGAAAAUUUUGAUGAUGAGUUCACGGAAAUGACAUUCACGCCACAGCAAAAUUCCCUGAUCUUGAAGGAUACUUUCCAUAUGAAGGACUUUUCUUACACAAACCCAAAGUUCUUAGACAAGAUUAAAUUAUACGGAAAUUGA